AUGAUCUCCCCCAUCAUCAUCCUCACUACCUUCCUCCCCUCCCUCCUCGUUGCCGCCAACUCUGCAGCCUCUAAGUCACGCACCCUCAACCCAGAACUCAACGCCGCUCUCAAGAACGCCGCCACAACCUAUGACCGCAACGCCCUUCUCUCCGCCCCCGAAGAUUGGUACUACGACUUCAACCAACACCCCAACUUCAACAGCCCCACGGGCGCCGUCAUAAACGCUGAUGCCGCCACCUUCCCCGCCGUCACGGGUCUGGGGUCCAGCGUCGCUCUGCUCAAACUGGCGCCGUGCGGCAUGUUGCCGCCGCACUUGCACCCGCGCGCCACUAACAUGGUAACUGCGAUUACGGGAAACACGACGACGUACAUGAUUGGUGAGAAUGGCGUUACUAUGCGCAAGGUAGAUUUGACGCCCUUGAUGGUUACCUUGUUUCCCCAGGGUAGCCUGCAUAUGAUGCAGAACAAUGAUUGCGAACCCUCCCUCCUUCUCAGCUCCCUCAACAGUGAUGACAGUGGUACACUGAACAUCCUGCCCAGCCUCUGGAUGGUGCCUCAGGACAUCAUCGAUGCAGCUUUCGGUGAUGCUUCCAUGGACAAGGAUAAUAUGGGCAAGGGUAUCCCCGCUGUCGGCACCGGUGCUAUCAUCGGUAGUGCAGAGUGCAAGAAGAGGUGUGGAAUCUCGAACUGA